GUGACGUGGCGCCGUAUUUCGUCACAGGCAGGUCGCUGACUACGGCGUCGGCGGCGCUGAGACGGGGCGGUGUGCUGCAGCUAUAGCGGCGACAUGAGUGACUGCGUAUCGCGUUUCUCCGGACCAAACCGGGCAGCAGCGUGGACUCUCCGCCAGCCUGUCUAAGAAGACCGCAGGGUCCAGGUGUCACGUGACCAUGAGAAGGUGACAGCCGCUGCCGGACCCAUGGCCAGGUUGAGUCUAUCCUGCCGUCUUCCGGCCUCCUGGCAUUUCAGCCUGUCACUCCUGUCCCUGGGGUGCCUGCCUCGACAGCGCCUCUUCUGGCCAGUGCUUGUGACAUGCCUGCUGCUGCUUCUCCUGGGCCUGUACCAGACGGAGCACUGGAAGCCUGCUCAGCAAACAGGACACGUGAAUAAGUAUUUUUCCUUCCUGGAACACAUGGAAGCGACUGACGUAACAAACCGCGCGCUGAACUACGGCAUCGUGGUCGACUGCGGAAGCAGCGGCUCACGUGUCUUUGUCUACUACUGGCCCCCCCACAACGGCAACCCCCACUCGCUGCUGGACAUACGACAGAUGCGGGACCACGACCGCACCCCCGUGGUCAAGAAGAUUAAGCCAGGCAUAUCCACCCUGGCGCUCAUGCCUGACAAGGCCAGCGAUUACCUGCAGCCCCUGCUCAGCUUCGCGGCAGCUCGCAUCCCUAGGGAGAAGCACCGGGAGACCCCCCUCUACAUCCUAUGCACGGCUGGCAUGAGGCUGCUGCCCGAGAGCCAGCAGGUGGCGAUAUUGGAAGACCUGGCGAGAGACGUGCCCACAGAGUUCGACUUCCUGUUCUCCAGCUCCCAGGCGGAAGUGAUCUCUGGGAAACAGGAAGGAGUUUAUGCAUGGAUUGGCAUUAAUUUCGUGCUUGGCCGCUUCGACCACGCCGACGAAGGGGAGGAUGCUGUUGUCGAGGUUACUACUGGAGUGCAGAAUCAGGAGCCAAUCAGCCGCAGGCGUACGGUUGGCAUCAUCGACAUGGGCGGAGCCUCGCUGCAAAUAGCUUAUGAAGUGCCCACUGCCAUCACCUUCAGCUCACCCGAGCAGGAGGAGACAGCCAAGAACUUGCUGGCAGAGUUCAACCUGGGCUGCGACAAGGACCACACUCAGCACGUAUACCGUGUCUACGUCACCACGUUCCUGGGCUACGGGGGCAACAUGGCACGGCAGCGCUACGAGGAUGACCUAGUCAACAGCACGCUGGCCAGGAACAGGCUCACGAACGAUCAGACGGGCACGGGUGAAUCCACGCCCUACCUAGACCCCUGCCUGCCGGCGGGUCUCUCCGACACGGUGCAGCGGAACGGGCAAACGGUCUUCCUGCGGGGGCUGGGCGACUGGCAGCGGUGCCAGGAGACGGUGAGGCCGCUGCUCGGACAGCCGAACGGCACAGCCUCCCUGCGCGGUGCCUACCAGGCCCCCGUCGACCACCACAACAGCGAGUUCUACGGCUUCUCCGAAUUCUACUACUGCACCGAGGACGUGCUGCGCAUCAGCGGACAGUACGACAGCGGCCGCUUCUCCAGAGCUGCAUCGGAUUAUUGCGCCACCAAGUGGUCGACGUUGAAGCAGCGGCUGGACAGCAAGCUUUUCUCCAUACAAGCAGACCUUUCCAGACUAAAGUACCAGUGCUUUAAGUCGGCCUGGAUGUUCGAGGUUCUGCACACGGGGUUCCGGUUUCCACGGGAGUACAUAGGCCUGAGGACGGCACAGCUGGUCUAUGACAAGGAAGUGCAGUGGACACUAGGGGCCAUGCUGUUCAAAACGCGAUUCCUGCCGCUCAGGGACCUCCAGCAGGAGUCGCUGCGGCCAUCUCACACCAGCUGGCCACGCAUCGCCUUCGUCUACAACCACUACCUGUUCUUCGCCUGCAUGCUGACGGUGCUGCUGGCCAUCCUGCUGUACAUCCUGCGACUGCGGCGCAUUCACCAGCGGGAGCAGCGGCAGGUGGAGGCCCUGGACCUGCUGUGGGUGGAGGAGGGCGAAGCCCUGGUGGGGGUCUAAGGGACACGGCAAAGCAGCGGACGCCCACGGCAGGGUUUUCGGGUGGGGAUGGGAGGUGGAUGCAUAUAAUCACCUCAUCGGAGAGACGUAAAGGAUGAUCAAGGAGUUUAAGAGGGAGAUUUCAGUUCUACUCCUCCGUCCUCAAGGGGGCACCGUCCACCCAGCACAAGCGUCUGGCUGGGUUGUCAACAUGGCCACAUUUAGUUUUGCCGGGCAUCUCAGGGUCGCCUCGUCCGGGGCUCCUCCGUCCGGGGUCACGGUCGCCGAGGGGUUCGAGGCCGGGAGAGAAGCUGAGCGCACCACCUCCUGGAAGAAAAGCACCCCCAGCUCCGAGCGGCAAUCUGGCCGCUGCCAGGAAGCCAUAAAAUGUUUGUUUAAACAAGGUCCCGGUUCAGCGGAGAGCUGCCUCCCCGCAGGACCUUCAUGGGGGCCCCCCCUGUCCUUGCAGCAAAAGGGGCGUGUCCUAAUACUGCCACAAUGAGAAAUGGCAGCACGGCAAAUGAACUUUUUUCUUUUUUUUUACGGGGUAGUGUUACGCCGUGUUGCAUCAGAUGAAGGACAGUGCUGAUUUCAGUGCUCGGCUUCCAGCGUCGGGGGGGUGGGGGAGGGGCAUUAGCACAGAUAUGAAGCCAGGUGAUUCUAAACUUGGGUGACAGUGUCGCUAAUUGCCAGCCAGCAGAAACCGACGCGAAGGGCCCGGAUUCGCGUCCGUCAGUCUGAUUUACGUGGUGACCGAGACCGUCGUCAUGGAGACCACCGCUGCCAGGGAAGUAGGUGUGGGGUGGGUGCUCGCUGCAAAUAGAGCGUGGUGACAAAUUGAACUCCCGCCUGUCGUUCUCUUUUAUGCUGGAAACGUGCCCCCAGCGAGCGCUACGCACCCCACCCCACCCCCAUACCGCUGUAAAUAUUUUCCUCGUUUUGUGCCGAACCAUGUUGACUUUUUCCCUCAUCGUCUGAGGCACUUGUACGUCUGGCAUUACCGAAGCUGAUUUUUCCCGCUACUUCUUGAACUACCAAGGAACACCUGUGUACUCAAACAUGUGAAAGGUGCCUUUCGGUGGUUUGGUGAUUCCCCCCCCCCCCAUUUUCCAGGUAUGAAUUGGUUUGGUUACAAAGGCCAAAGGUCUUCAGUGUGAUUUGAUCAGUUAAUCAAUGAUGGGACCUAGGCACCUAACCAUCCUAACCGGGCAUUGUGCAAUGUAAAUACAGGGCAAAGGAAUGCUAUUCGGGUGGGGCUCUGGGAUGACUGUUUGGGCCACAAACUGCAGGCUUAUUAAAUUAUUUUUUUUUUAACUGAG